AUGCCUUCCCCCGAACCCGAAAAAGAUGAGACAGCCCCGGCCCAACCUAAGUCUCCAACUGCCCCGCAGAAGACAUCACCCGCCAGGAGCACUCCCAAUGGUACAGCUAUACGAAAGCCAGGUGUCAAGCCGCGGACUCCUGCCAAUGCGCCCAUACAUAAGCGACCACCAUCCAAGAAAUCGGAGCCGACAUUGCUUACUGAUUUUCUGCUGGGCAGACCAUCAGCAAGUCGCCAAAGACGAAAGAGUCUCGACGCAGUCAAGGCGGAGAUGCGGGAGAGCACUGUGAAUAGGAUUCAAAAGCCAGGAGGAGUACACGAUCGGGUUAAACAAUGGCAAAAAGCUAGUGCAGCAGCUGCCAUUGAAGAAGUCAAUGAUCCAGAGUCGGGACUAGAUGAGAUAAUAGUGGAGGUGGAGGAAGAGAGCGUGGUUGGGCCCAGUGUUGUCACCGAGGAUGACAGGCUUCAUGUCAGAAAUCAAAAUACUCGACCUGGACGGCGGAAGAACAGAGAACCUGAAGAUUGGGCUGCAGAAGUAAGGAGCAAAAGUGCGCCUCGAAAAAGAGUUAUAAGCGACGAUCAUUGGGUGGUGAAUAAGACCAAGGCCUCUCCGAAGAAAAAGGAUAUCAAAGUCACAAUGCGAGCUAUACCUAAAGACUUCCUCCAGCAGACGGCUGCUAAUCCCAAGUUGGAAAGUAAAAUCGCUGAUUGGGUCAAGCGUACGGAGGCUGAGUCGGGGGGGCAUGGAGCAGCCCAAUCUGCUUCACGAGCGAGUAAGACCCAACAGCCAAACAUCCGUGGAGUAAAUAAGGGCAAAAUGAGGGCCAAGUCUUUAGGGGAAAUUAUAGUUGAAAUAGAGGAGGAGGAGGAACCGACCCGGAAACCGUCAAAAAACAGAAUGAAAGUCGAGUCAAGGAGUACUCCAAGCUCGCGAAAGAAUUCGAACAAUGGAUCCAAGGAAAGCCUUGUUAGUUCGUCAAAAGGAAAACAGACCCCUAAAUCGGAACCAUCCCGAACUCCAGCGAAUGAUGGCAUUCGAGUCAAGGCAUGUGGACCGAAUGGUCGAUGGGAAGAUGGCAUUAGAGUAAAGCCCGUCCAAGCGAGAUGGAGGGAUCCAGAGGCUAAGAAACAGACUUCCGGAGGCAACCCUUUUCUCGAUGGCAUCAGCCUGAAACCGACGCCUGUUAGUAAGGACGGGAAGCAAACACCUCUGGGACCAGAGAUCUCGGAUGAGCAUUCUCAUAAGCGUAAAUCAUCAGAGAAGCACAUCAAACCACUGAAGGAGACUGGGAAAGAUAUGAACAACCACUCCGAUGGCGACUACGACGAUGCAAAUGUAGAAACUCCCACUCGUCGUUCUCCAAGCUCCCGGAAACAAAGAAGGAAAUCCCGUUCACCAUCUCCAUCAGCUGAUGGAAUUCCCUUUGGCGACUCUGCCUUCAGUACCUUGGAUUUGCCUAUUGGUGCUGAGGCUGGGAACACUGGAAAUAAACCAAAACCCCAAAGAAAUCCUAGUCACCUAGUGCCCAAAGUUCUCAAGCGCGUCUACAACGAAGGGAAAAAGAUCAUGCAUGAUACGCAUGACGCCCCUGAAAUGCCUCCAAGAGGUGGUGUAAAUCGGCCUCCAACAAUUGAGUCUUGGCUCAAUAGCACUCCAGAUCCUUUCCUUGAUGUACCAAGUCCUGUUUCGACUCCCGCAUUGACAGAAGUAUCUACAGAGAUAGAUGAUAGUGAGAGACAUACUCCCAAGCCUGACAGAGAACAGAAACAAGCACUCGAAGAAGAGCGCAGAGGAACUGGGAGUAGACAGAAGCGCGUUCGGAAAACUUCAGAUACCAGCUUCAGAAGUCACAACGAUAAAUCUCCUCUGGGACGUGUUCUGGAUGAUCCAAUCGAGUUCAAGAAGCCCCCCACUCCACCUGCAGCUGGUCUUCGACGAAGUCCAGCUUUACGUGCUGCUUCUCCUCCCGUGAUCAAGGCAGCUAAGAAAUCGCCUUUCAAAGAUGCUAUACUAGAUGCCUUCCGAGGCGAGUCUACAAUUGAGGGUAUCUUAGACACAGAAGAUGAUGAUCAAGACCAAGUGAAAGAAAACCACGAUGUAGACGAUAUCAAGCAUUUUGAUCGUAACUUACAAACACCUGAAAAUUCAAAUUCUCAGCGUAGCCGCUCUUCUGGUACUUACCUUCAAGUGCCAGACGGACACCGAGACAUUUCCGAUAGACCGAGGCGGAAGAGAAGAGGUGGAAGCUCUGGCAACCAUCACUUAUCCAAAAUUGCAUCUGUUGAGACCUUCAGCACUCUUUCGUCCAUAGACACUUCAUCUAACCUCACUAAAACUACACUCACCCAAGCUACUACCCAGACUGGGCGGUCUGAUUCCAACGUCUCACGCAGGAGAAGCAAUAGAUCGGGACUUAAAAGAAGACUCACAAAGCAUUCUGACUUGGUUUCUAUGCUGUCAUUACCCGAUGCCCCACCAGCUGGUCGUACGAAAAGUAUUAGAUCAGCUAGAAGUGUGCGUACGGCUCGAAGCAGCCUAGAGAAUGCUACUGAGAUGGAUUUGAUGCGUGAAUUGGCGGGCGAUGAGGCUAAGUAUAUGAGAGAGUUGAAAACCCUGGUUGAUGGAGUGAUACCAGUUCUAUUGACUUGCGUUCUGUCUAAAUCAGACUCUGCAAUUGCCGCUGGUCUCUUCAAUCCCGACUCUACAGACAUGAACGAAACAUUUCUUACCAAACCAAUUGUCGAUAUGGGUGUUGCUCUCGAGCGUUUAAAGAGUCUACAUAGACGCAUACCACUCCAAGAUCCAGAUGCCCUCAUAGUCUGGCUCCAGAGAGCUCAUCGAACUUACCAAGACUACACUCGUGCGUGGAGAUUAGGCUUCCAGGAUGUCGUUGUCAAUCUAGCACCAGCUUCGCGCAAAUCGUCUGCCGAAGAGAAGGAAUCACCUCUUGACAGUGUCCCGCGCAACGCUGAUGGAGAUAUUGUGAACUCAAAUGGUGAACGUGUUGAUGUCGCCUUCUUGCUCAAGAGGCCACUUGUCAGGAUAAAAUAUCUUGCAAAACUAACAAAGGGUCUUGAUAAACUCAACCAUUCUGAACUCUCAGGUAAAGCAUUGAAAAUAUUUGAGGAUUUGCAAGAAACAGCUCGUCGUCGUUUUAAAGAAGAGCACGCGAGACUCGAAGAUCUAUAUGCGAACAAUACUGAUGCAACUCGAGCCCGCAAUCCGCAAACGCUUGCUCCAGUUGAAGAUGCUCACAUUGAACGUACUAGACAAGUCUCGGCUAAAGAUUUCUUUGAUCUCGAUUUCCCACAUUCUAAUGGCCAACGGAUUGAGUGCCGUGUAGAAUUGAUACUCCGGGAUAAUCUUUCAGACGAAAUUGACCCUGGAGAUGUUCUUAUCUGUGCAUCAGAAAUCACACCAGAAGCUACGCAUCGUUACUUGCUAUUUCCACCAAUCGAUAGAGACUUUAUAUCCGCUUGCGCUGGUGAGAAGCCUGAUGAGCUGAUAAUCAUGAUCCGUGGGAUACAAAGACCUGUAGAAUGGCGAGAGAGUUUUCUUCUGAAGGGUGCUGAGCCAGAGACUGCUGCCGAGUGGAUAGAAAUGCUAGGGUCCAUCCCAAUGCCUCAACCACUCUUGAGCUCGAUACCAAAUAACGCAGAUACUGUAUCGAUGAUGUCUAUGGAUCCCUCAGAAAUAAGCGAAGCCGGCGAUCCUGAUGAUAACGAGCUGCCAAUUGGUGCUCGUCGAAGAAGAAGAAAGCACCAUUCAAAAGAAAGACCACGAUCUUCAACCUUCUCUACUAUGUCAUCUGUAGAAAUUCCAGCCCCCUUAAAGAUAGAACGAAAAGAAACAUCAUCCCCGCCACGGAGACAUCGAGAUGUAUCUCAUGAUGAAAUUACUAGUCAACUAUCUAGAAGACAUUCCAAAUCUUCGAGGUAUCAUUCUCACACUCGUACUCGAUCCACACCAAGUUCACCUCUGUCAAGUCAACUAGUUCUUAAUGAUUCGGAUGAAGAAAGCAGAGAUAAUGAUGAUUUUGAGGAGUCUGAAAGUCGUGCAUCUACACCAGGCCGAACAUCUCGCCGACCCCUAACACCCUCUGAAGAAUUACCUUACAUACCCAAAGUUCGCAAAACAAGCUCUGCUGCCUCAAUCGAUAGCGAAUCCACCACGAAAGAUUACAUUCGCCGCACCUCGUAUGAUCCAGUAGAUCCAGACGAUAUGUCUGGAGGGUCUCGUAGCCCUGAUUUUGCUGAAGAAGAGAGUGCUCCACCACCACCGCCAGCUCAUCGUUCAAUGUCCCCCAGUGGUCUCAAACAGCCAGUAAUCAUUGAGCCUCCAGCGCCAAGAUCAAGGUCGCGACGUACUUCCUCUCCACUGAAACAUGAAUACCGACCUUCUGAUAUAUCCGAUAUAUCGGAGAGGUCAGAAAGAUCCGAGGUAUCUGUUUCCGAGGUUUCUGAGAUGUCAUACUCAUCAUCUGAAGAAUCCGACACAGAAGAAGAAGAGUCAUCAUCUAGUUCCGAUGAAGAUGAACUCGAUGAGCUUGACGAACUUGAAGCUGCUGAUCUUCCUGAAGCCGAACCUGCUCCAACCAUAUAUGGCAGACGUGCCAUUUCACCUACAACCUCUCUUUACAGUCUGCCAAAUGUUACUUUGGCACCUGUAAAUUCUACGCCUCGAAUUCCAAUCGUACCAAAGGUGGACAAUUCAGAUAUCAGAAGACAUGUUGCUACUGUUACAACCUGGAAUAAUGCUAAGGGUCGUUGGGACGAUGUUCAUUCGAAGUCUUGUUCCAUUAUUAUUCGUCCGGGAUUAAUUGAAGUACAUGAAAUGUCUUCCAGACAUUCCUCCCCUGCAGUUCUUUCAACUAUCCAAGAGUCCAUUGUAGGAGGUUCAGAAGAGGCAGGCUUGAACGAGGACAAGCGGCCAUUACUUGGUCAGGUACUUACACCUGUUGUUACACUCCGGCAAAGUAAUUCACUUGAUAUUGAAAUUCAUUCUCCUCCGACAAGUGAUUCUCGAGUUAAAUGCAGCCCUACGAUCAGAUAUCACAGUUUACACAACCGUGCAUGCGUAGAUCUGUACAACUCAAUUCACCAGGCUCGCAUGAACAACCCAACAUAUAAAAAGCUAGAAGAAGAACGACUACUCAAUUCCUAUGGUGGUGCAACUUACGAAACUGCGGUUGCCAGCAAAAAACGAAGCUUCUUGAGCUUCGGACGAAAGAAGAGCUAUCGUGCAUCAACACGCGCACCAUCCGUUGUCAACUCUGAGCAAAGUAGCUCUCCAUCUACUUCCCGUCUUUCCGAAUCCUUCAAGAGAUUAACAGGAAGCUCCUUUUUUAAUAUUGCAAAGUCUUCCAUCGAAUCAGGACGUGGAUCUAGUCCAUCAAGUCUAUACACUAGUUCCUCCGGUCUUGCUCCACCUCAAACACCCCAUCCUGCAAGUUUGGCAGGUACCUCGACAUCAUAUGGUGGUAUUAAUCUUACCUCUGAGAAUAUUAAAAUCCGCUUGUAUUACCUAGAAACAAGAUCCAAGUGGCAGGAUUGCGGGAAUGCAAGAUUAACUGUUACAGCACCACCACCUGGUAUGCGUCAAGCUUGUGCUGUGGACCAGGGUAUUGAACGCCGUAUUCUCGUUACUAGAAAACCCAUGAAAGCUGAGGACCCAGAUGAAAAGGUGGAGGUGCUGUUAGAUGUUGUGCUUGGUGCAAAUUGCUUUAGCAUGAUCGGCAAUAAGGGAGUCACGUGUAAUGUGUGGGAGGAUGUUGUGGGACCUAAUGGUGAGGUGGGAAUGGUAGGACCUAUAGGGAGAGUGAGUGGGAGGACGAGGAAGUGGUGUUUACAGGCGGGAAGUGUACCUGAGGCAAGUUGGAUAUAUAGUUUGGUUGGUGUGGGGAGAUGA